UUUGCUCUGAUCUUCUCCACACUCCAGUGCCUCCGGUUGUCAGGGUCCAUCACACAGAGCCGGCUGACUACGGGGGGGCAGACGAUCCUCCACUGCAGCGUCUUGGGCUUCUACCCUCAGAAAGUGCAGGUGAGCUGGCUGAGGGACGGGGUGGAGGUCUCCAGCGACGUGUCGUCCACUGACGUCCUGGCCAAAGAGGACUGGAGCUUCCAGGUCCACUCCUACCUGGAGCUGACGCCCAAGACGGGGGAGCAGGUGAAAAAGUUUUCCCACAGAAAAAGUAUCCCGGAUAGGAAUGUAGCCAUCUUACACUGAUGACGUCAUCUGGAGCCAGAGUCUGAGCAGGAACAGUCGGGGAAAGAAGCCGAGGCCGAUGAGUGAGUCUCAGCUGUCAGUCAUGACCUUACUCUCCUGUUUUGAUAGCUUUUAGAGGCUGUUCACCUCAAAUGACUUUAACUUCUUAUCUGAUGGUAAAGUUGAUCUCUGCAUGUCCACGAAAAACAAAUGAAGCGUUUCCAAAAUUCCUCUUAACUCUUUCCUGGCCCAGCUCGUUUAAAUCUAUGUAUAGACUUUAAUACAUUUAGUUUAUGGGAGGCUGUUGGUCCUUGGUGGAGAAAUGUCUUAUUGACCCAUUGAUUCUGAGAUCUCUGGAGAUGUGGAAAUGUUAAAUCCACAUCAGAUCCACUUUGCCUGUGU